AUGGAUGAUGUCCAGCCAGCAGAAAGACCAUCAUGGCCUGCUUGCGAAGUUCUUGAUGAUGCCUCGCCUUAUUGGUUCUGGAAGAUCAUCUUACUUCUAGUACCGUGGCUCAACCUCUAUUAUCACCUUCCCCACCGUGCUAACAAUCUGAUUUUAAAAGUGCUUGCCAUCAUAUUUCAUGGUCUCGGUGCUUUCGGGGUGCAAGAUAAGCCCGAGCAAACAUUGAAAACUGUUUAUGCGAGGCUUGAACUUACUGAUCAUUUUGAUGUUCACCCUUUGUGUCCAAACUCCAAUUCACACACAGCGCCUGCAUCAGAUGACGACAUGGACGCACCUCCACCUCCCCCACCCACUGACAACACCUCUCGACAUCCAACAGAACAAUCAUCGAAGGAUGCAGAGUUGAAACACGGGUUUUCUAAACCGAAACCAAAGUUACAGUGUGCACAACAUCCACUUUCUAAUGCCUUGCUUCGUCUUCUUUGGCAGGACGGCAUGGAGAAAGAGAUGGAUGCGUGGCGAAAGCAGGAAAAUCCUGCCGGCAAGAGGACAAGAAUUCAGGAUGGCGACAUAUGGCGGACUCUACGUGGAUCAGACGGCGAGUUCUUUUUCGACAACAGUUCUGAGCGUAGCAGCAGCGAUGAAUUGAGAAUUGGAAUCACUCUCGGCUGCAAUGGCUCUCACAGUUCAGGAGUCAUGUCUAGCUGCAUCACCAAUCUCCCAACAUAUUUACGAUAUCGACUACGGAAUUUGAUGAUUUUCGGUAUCACUCCGGGGCCAAAGGAAUUUAACUCGGACCAACUACAGCACUUCAUGAAGAACUAUAUCGAUGACCUCCUCAAGCUCUAUGACGACGGUAUUCUCAUCAAGACACCGGGGUAUCCAAGUGGUCGAUGGAUUCGUGUCAUUCUUGUCGCCGUCUGCUGCGACCAUCCCGCGAUGUGUAAGGUGUGCGGCUUCGGAGGACACUCGAAGGAAGAGGGAUUCUGCACGCGAUGUCACAUCCCGAAGAGUAAGCUAUCUACAGAAGAUGCCAUGGACUAUGAUAAAUUUACUGCGCGCGACGGUCAAGAGCAUAAGCAAUGUGCCAAGGAAUACCACGAUCUACCAUCAAGUGAGCGUGAAGCAUAUUUCAAGAAGCAUAGUGUGCGGUGGUUUGAGCUUGCACAAUUGCCAUAUUUCGACCCAGUCCGAAUGACAGUAAUAGAUCCUAUGCAUAGCUUCCUGCUUGGUAUAAUUCGGACUCAAUGGUUCAAUGCCUGGAUUAAUGGAAAGAAUUUCUGUCAGCGCACUAGGACUGCGGAGGUUGUUCGUGAGCUGGAUCAAAUUCAUGCUUAUUUGUUGGUGUUUGAAAUGCCCUCAUGGGUAGCACGUCUUCCUGAGAAGGUAGGCUACCCUGCAGGAGGUUCUUUGACUUCUGAUGAAUGGAAGGGCCUAGCCCUUGUCUUCGGACCAAUCAUGUGGUACCCGAAGAACAAAGCAGCAUAUGAAGUAAGCUUGGCCAACUGGGAGAAACAAGAAGUGGAUCACGUGAAAAGAAAUGCAGCGGGCAAGGGUAAGAAGGGAGAUAACAAGGCAAGCGAGAAGCCCGUCAUGCAUAUGCAUGAAGAGGGCGUGGAUAAUUUUAUCAAGCUUGCGGCGGCACUAAAAAUUAUUCUUGGCCGCUCCAUCAACGACAGUGAUAUUCCUCGUGCAAGACAGCUACUGCAUGAAUACUUGAUCAGGUUUGUGAAGGUAAGUAUUCAUCCCAAAGACAUCAAACCAACCCAUCACUGGGUGACCCACAUUUUUGACCAACUACGAGAUUAUGGACCUGUCUACGGGUUCUGGAUGUUCCUCUUCGAGCGCCUCAACAAGGUGCUAAAGAGCUAUUCCACGAACAACCAUGGAGGUGGAGAACUCGAGGUUACUUUGUUUCGUGCGUUUGAAAAGGACCGUGAGCUCAGUACAAUGGUAAAAAAUUUCUGCACAUGCAUAUAUGACUUCGGAAGACUAAUUUUAAAUCAUCUCAUGCAUGCAGCUCAUCAACCUGUUGGCAACCACAAACACAGAGGACAAUAG